CGCGACAUCCGCGGCUCCAUUCCCAACCGCGCGCUGCCCAUCGAGCACAAGUUCCAGCCCGUGCUCGACUUCGACAAGGACGGCUGCUACUACACGUCAGCCAUCGACCCUAGCGGAAACCUCAACCCAGGGCUCAACUACGCCAACGGCGUGCCGCCCAACUGCCUGCGGGCGCAGUGUCGCGACAACAACCGGCUGCAGAAUAGCAACGUCUACAGCCGGGCGCGGUGCAACAACGGCUGGUGCGCCAUCAUGUACGAGUACUACUUUGAGAAGGACCAGAUCGUGUGCGGGCCCGCACGCUGGGAUCAGGACGGCCACCGCCACGACUGGGAGAACGUCAUCGUCUUCACGCAGGGCGAGGCGGUGCGGCGCGUGGCCCCUUCGUGCCACGGCGGCUACGGCGGCGCCACCAACUCGCCGCGCCUGGAGGGCCAGCGCGCCAAGAUCGUCUACCACAAGGAUGGGGGCCGGACGCACUGCCUGCGCAUGGCCAACGCCGCCGACGACAGCAUCGAGAACUACACGGGCCAGUGGUUCCUGGGCAGCCUCAUUGGAUGGACCAACUGGCCGGCCACCUGGCUCCGCGACCGCGUCAUGAACAACAACUGGGGCAAGGCCUCGUGCAAGCUGCGCGACGAUAGCUUCGGCUCGGCUCUGAACUCGGCUGGCGGCGGCCAGGUCGGAAACUUCAACCCCUGGGUUGAC